AGAACACAGAAGCUGAAGCCGAAGCCGAAACAGGACAAACUUUUCGGUUUACAAAAGUUUUAUUUUACACACUUUGUUCACCCAGUUCCCGUGCUCGCGUAAAAUUAUGAAAAAUAUGUGAAAAAUGUGCAGAAUCCACAAAAUACUCGUACAAGAAGAGCAGCAACAAAGGCGACACAAACGGCAACAACAAGAACAUUAGCUGGGAGCCCGCCCCUGACAUAGGUCAAGCCACUCCGAGCCGGAGAGUGCCAGUGCCGGUGUUCGUGACUGUGUGCGGGAGGAGUAGUGCGGGAGUCCCUGUAACGUGCUAAAAUUAGCUAAUUUAUUGCUCAGACUACAACAAUCACAACAAUCACAACCAACCCAACAACAAGAAACCAACAGGAACAACAAACCCUUGGCAGUCAUAACAUUUGCCGUGGCUGCUGGUGCAGGCCCCAAAGCUCCACUCCAGGACUCUGAGUAGCCAGACUGGACGUCACUGAAGGAGGCAGAUAGAAACCAAAUACAAUUGACAUUUAUUGGCCAAUAUAUAUUUAUAAGGCCCGAACGGAAGUGGCCGAAAACCCCGAAAGGAGCGAGAGAAUAGCCACACAGACUGGAGACUGGCUAUAAAAGAGGAGCAAAGAUACGAAAAAUAUAUAUUUCAAUGCUGUCGAAGCUGCAUAAAAACUGUCCAGCGACAGGCCGAGGGGCAGCUCCUCCCCCACGCCACAUGCAAAUGUCCGCAAGGAGAGCAGCAGCGAGUGGGAAGCGGACGGCCACGAUGCCGUCGCACCGACAACAAACUGGGCGGGGCUGCAUCUGCUGGCUGGCCGUGAUCGGACUUCUCGUGCUGGUUCCUGAUUUUAUUGCGGCACUCAAGGAUGUCUCCGUAAUGAUACCACAGGCAGUGAAACGUGGCAGUAAUGCCUUGUUCACGUGUAAUUACGAUAUGGAAAACGAUACUCUAUAUUCGGUGAAAUGGUAUAAGGGUAAGCGUGAGUUUUAUCGCUACACGCCCAAGGAGAAUCCGGCCAUGAAGGUCUUCGCCAUGACAAGUGGUCUCAAUGUUGAGCGCAACCUUUCGAAUCAAAGUCAUGUCGUGCUGCAGUCGGUGCCGUUGAAUAUUUCGGGCAAAUUUACAUGCGAAAUAUCCGUUGAGGCGCCCACAUUCCAAACCGCCAUGGUGUCCGGCGAAAUGGAGGUGGUUGAGCUACCGGAAGAGCACACCGUGGUCACCGGGAUACAGGCGCGCUAUCGCAUUGGCGAUUUGGUCGAUGGCAAUUGCUCAAUUAAAUACUCGAAACCGGCUGCUAAUUUGACAUGGACUAUUAAUGGUAUUGUGGUGCCACCGCAUCACAUCAAGACGUAUCAGAUUGAGAAACAGGAGAAUACCACACUGGAAUCGGUUACAAGUGCCAUACAUUUCAUGGUCACCACUCAGCAUUUUCUCAAGGGCCAGAUGAGGCUCAAGUGCACGGCCAAUAUCUUUGACAUCUUCAAGGAGGAAAUGGAGAGUGUUAUUGAGGAGGACAGACCCAGGAUAAUGGCCUCCGGCAGGUCGUACGAUAUCAACAACUAUCCGCUCGAUGAGCAUACGAAUGGCGAGAGAGGCUUCGAGGAUCACAAUGAAUCAUAUUUGACAUACUAUUCGGCGGAUAAUAGUGCAUCAGGCGCUUCGACAGCUGCACAUGAAAUCUUUUGGCACGUCUGGCCAUCGAAGCUCGGGGCAGCACUUCGGAUCAGACUCCACAUCAACAGGCAGCUGGUGGGGGCGUGGCCGUGGGACGCACUCGGUGCCUGGAUUACGCAAGCAGCGGAUCCAGGAGCAGCUACAGCUCUUUUGUGUCUGCUAGGGCUGCUGGCCCAUCAAAUUAUCAACUGUCAAUACACAAAGAAAUCGACAGCGACAGCAACAGCGACAGCGACAGGAACAUCGAUGGGGCAGCAGCAGCAGCAACCGUUGCCAGUCGAAGCGGAGGCUGUGACAAUGUCAAAGGCGGCCAAAUCCGCAGCUAGAGCGAGCGUCAAAUGCUUUUAUAAUUGUCAAAUGGCAAUGGCAAUGGCAACAUACAAUCCCCAUCCCCACAUGAAAAUCCAGGAGGAGAAGGAUGAUGUGAAUGGAACUGGGACUGAGACUGAGACUGGGACCGUGGAGGGAGACGAUGAUGAUGCGAAUGUUGCAAGUGUGGCAAAUGCCGGCGAUGAUUUAACUGCAACUGCAGCGGGAAUGGCAAAGGCUAAGGGCAAAGAAAGGGGAGCUGCAACAGUGCCAUCUGGAGUUGCCGUUAAGCGACUGUCAGCGACACUUGUGGGCGUGGCACGGCCCUGGCUGGAUCAACGAUUAUUGAUGACUCGACGACGGAAGAUGUGGAAGCCUGUUCUGGGGGACUCCGACUGCCUCUCGUGCUGAUGCCGAAUUGAUGAUGAAAUCCAUUUCCAAAAGUAGCUUAAGGUGUUUGCCCACUUGUGCUACAGUGAAGCCUCUCUCUCCUCUUCUCCCUGUCUUCCUAUCCCCACCCUACCAUCAUUUUCAUGCCCUGCAAAGUGAAAAGUUGGAGGAAAUAAUUAAUAUAUAUGAAUAUUAAUUGGAAUCGCCAGCUGGAUGGCUGGAUGCCUGGGACGCUGUAGUUCGUAAGUGUUAUGCAUAAGGUCAGGGCCGAAGAAGGAGCGAGAAUAAUUAAGUAUAGCCAGAAAGGGAAGACCUUCUAGGAAUCAUUGAAUAAUAACAGGAAAUAUAGUCUUAUACGAGUAUGUAUUAUUGUAAGAUGAUGAAAAGUUAUAUGAAAUAUGCAUAUAACUAGAUGAUAAAAUCGGUAAAAUAGUGCAAACAUCGACCCUGGCACAACCCUAUAGUUUGAGAGAAAUGCGUGUGUGAAAUUCAAUUCAGAAAAAAUACACAAUGGUAACAGUCCCUUCAAUCAUUGAUGGUAUGUUACUCUUCGUGAAAGGCAACUUUAAUAUGAUUUGUUUGGAAGUAAUAUGUGGGAUUGCUUACGAAUGAUGACACCCUUUCAUGGAUUUGUAUUCUGCAAAUUGCAGUGAUUCAAAUGUACAUAUUC